CCUGAAAUACGUGGCAAAUUGUAUAUACCAGGUGCACCGCUUCCUACCGCCGCAUUGACGAAAUUGGCAGCAGCGAGGGACUUCGGAGCCACAGAGCCGUGGAGAAAUCACUCUCAGAAGCAACAGGCGAAUCUCGGAAGGAACAAGAUGGUCGCACACAAAGACGCAAGCUUCUUUGUUCACAGUGAAGCAAGUGUCCGCGAUGUUGCAGAGAAGGUGGUGGAAACACAGGAGGAAGACAAUUCUUUCUUUAUAUGUGAUCUGCUUGAACUGAAGAGAACGCUCGAGCUAUGGCGCCAGCAGCUACCAAGGGUGGUUCCCUAUUUCGCGAUAAAGUCGUGCACAGAUCGCAUCGUCAUUCGAACUCUGGCGAUGGAAGGAGUCAACUUUGACUGUUCGAACAAGAGAGAAAUUCAAGCUGUCCUGAGCGCUGGAGUAGACCCCAGCCGGAUCAUCUACGCAAACCCAGCAAAGCAGUCAUCUCACUUGGACUUUGCUGAAAGCACUGGCGUCACUUUGAUGACCUUUGACUGUUUGGAAGAGCUGCCGAAGAUUAAGGACAAGAACGCCAGGCUUCUGCUGAGAAUUUUACCACAAAGUGAAGAUCAGGAAGCGAGAAUGGCACGAAAAUACGGCUGUCGUUCUCCCGAAGCUGAACAUAUUCUACGUGUUGCCACUGACCAAGGCCACACUGUUGUCGGCAUUGCCUUUCAUAUUGGCGGAAGACAUUUCAAUUCCCAGAACUACCGUUUCGCCAUUGAGAAAGCGAGGCAUCUGUUCGACCGUGGCGCUCAGAUGGGAAUUAAAAUGACAGUGCUCGACAUCGGAGGAGGAUUUCAGGGAAGCACACGGAAGCGAGAUUCGUUCAUUCAAGUGUGUGAAACUGUGCGCUCAGCCUUGGAUGCGCACUUCCCGAGGUCCAGCGGCACGUACAUCAUGGCCGAGCCGGGGCAGUACAUGGUGACGUCCUCAUACACGCUGGCCGUCAAGGUGGUCGCCAAGAGGACGAGGGAAAUGAGCGUCGAUGGAGAACUCCGUCCGUACCACGACGUUUACGUAAACGACAGCAGAGAGAACUGUGUCCCCCGGGAAAAUUACGACAUCCUGGGCAUCGGAUAUCACCCGCUCAGCCCCCCGCACGAACGUGACUACAAGGACUUGACGACGCUGUGGGGAGCCACGUGCCACCCCUUGGACAAGUUCGAAGACCAGGUGCCCUUCUUCGAGGUGUCCGUGGGCGAGUGGCUCCUCAUGGACAACGUCGGUGCCUACGGGCUGGUCAGGGCGUGCGGCUUCAACGGAACCGGAUUCCCUCCGGUCCACUACAGGACCUCGGCGGACGACGUGCCUCGUGUAUGCAGCAUCAUCGAGGAGUCGCACAUGCUGCCGGGCUACAGUCAACCGCAGAGCGCCGUGAUGGAGGAGGCUCGCUGAGACGGCUCUUCAGGCCGUGCAGUUUCAUAUUAUGCUUAUACAUUAUACGGAGAUUACUAGAAAUAAAUGUGGCCGUGGUGUACGGAAAUUGUGGGAAUC